GUGGGGAAAAAAUAAAGAUGAAAAACAAUUUGGAGAAGGGAAUUAAAUUAGUUAUGAGUUGACGCGUAUGAACAUGAAUGAAGAUGAAGAAGAAGGAGGCAACAGUUGGACAAAUCCAGCCAUCACCACUAAAAAACACCCCAACAUAAUUUUUAGGCAGACACCAUUACUCACUUCUCUCUGCUUUGGUCUCCUCUCUCUCUCUCUCUCUCCACCUUCUUAUUCUUCUUCCUUUUUCUUUUCAACAUCUUUCUUUUUGUUUCCACUUGAACUCUAAAACCCUAAUCUACCUGUAUAAAUCCAUCACCAUUCAUUUUUUAAAAAAGUAGGAACAACCAACCUUCCCCCCACCGACACCCCCUUUUCCCAAUUCCCAUUCCCUCGAUUUUAUAACCCACAGAAAGAAAAGAAGAAGAAAAAAAAAAGCUUCAAUCUAACAGCUCUGUUUUUAUUAUCGAAAUGGGCAACUGUUUAUUCGGCGGAGGGUCAGGGGAGAUUCAGGGGAAAAUCAAAGUAAUUACAUCCAACGGUGGGAUUAUGGAGUUGGGUUCUCCGAUUACUGUUGGAUGUAUCGCCGAUGAGUUUCCCGGCUACGGAAUAUUCAAAAGUCACGAUCUUUUUUGGAACCCAUUGCCGCAUAAUGAGGAACUGCUUCCUGGAAAAUCAUACUACUUGCUUCCGAGAAACAGGGGAAGAAACAGAGGAGAAGAAGAAGAAGGGGAAAUGGGGAUUAUAAGGGCGCGUGAAGGGCACGUGAGGUCGAACAGUGUGCCGGAAGCGGCGGCGGCGGCAGCGAUGGCGCCGUACAGAAUGUCGUUUGAUUAUCAAGGGGUAUUGAGGAGGUCACAAACGGAGGUUUUUUCGCGAUGUAGUGAGAAAAAUGGUGGGGUUUGGAAAGUGAAAUUGGUGAUUAGUCCGAAGAGAUUGGUGGAGAUUUUGGAAGAAGAAGGACAUACUCAAGAAUUGAUUGAGAGUGUAAGGACUGUGGCAAAAUGUGGAAGCACAAGCACAAGCAGUAGCUUCUCGUCGUCAAUGGCGUUUUCCGAUCAAUGGAGUUUGUCGACCACCACUGCCAAUGCUACUCCAAGUGCUUCUUCCAAAAGUGGUGGCUUGCUCGAGAUUUAAUAGUAAAUAUAUAUAUAUUUUUUUUAUUUAUAAGUUUAUUUUACUUUAGUUUCUUAGAGUUCUUCAUGAUAUAUCUAUUUAUUUUCUCAAGUGAUUAUUUAAUAGAUGAUAGAUAUAUAGUGACAUCAAAUAGGUGUAUUAAUAUAUUGUACUUGCCUUUUGCAUAUCAAUUAUUUAAUAGAUGAUAUACGUAUAUAGGGACUUUGAUAUGUGUAUUGUUAUGUUAACAUGGAGCUGUAUUGAAACUUGUAAGAUAUUUAGAUAAAAACAGGUAUUGGGUGUA